UAGUUGAAAAGCGGAUAUGUGCCUGAUUCCCUCUAAAAUAUGUACAGUAUCUUGGAACUAGUUCAGCGAUAGUACGGUAUUAAUGUUUCAAUUUCUCAAGAUGGAGUUAUUUGGAAGCAACUUCGAUGACUCAGUAUUUUCAGAGGCGAAAGACCGUGGCUCCGUGUGUUUGCUUUCUUAUAACGCGAAAAGCUGCGAGCCGGAGUGGUUUUGUGAAAGUGCUGCUCUGGACACAGAAGAUUCUUUGGAGAAGCAGAAAGUUUACAAGUUUCGAGGGGACCUGGCAACGAGGCGGGGCGAUUACCAGGCAGCCCUGAAUGCUUACAGCAGUUGCCUGGAGUGGAUCUCUGACAACAACAUGUCAAUCAAAAGGGAUGUUUUAGAGGGAAUGGCUCGAUGUUACACCAGGCUGGGCCAGAGAAAAAAAGCAAUUGACCUUCUGGAUCUUCUGAGCAAAGAAGCCUCAAACACAUGUCACCUAACCAGCCUGCUGCUACUCAAGAUCACCGUCUACCAACAUUUUGGAGAUGUCGGACCCAAGAUGUCAUCUUUGCAAGAACUGUGUAGCCUGCUGCCUUUUAACCCGUGGAAUUGGUACAACCUGGGGAAAAUGUGUCUGCAGCUAUUGGAAGACUCCGCAAACUUGAAGGAGGAAGGCAAAGAAGCUGAAGAGCAACAUAAAGAACUCUCUGAAGAGAGGCUCUGGCUGAAGGCCUGCGUGUGCUUCCUCAGGACGAGACUCCUCUUAAGAAUUCUGCAGCAACAGCAGUCAUCGUUUGUGCUGCGACACAACCAAUCUGCCGUCCAAUCAGCGGAGGAAGCACUAGCGCAUCUUGAUCCCAAAGAAACGACUCUUCUCACCCUCACUGAGUUAAUUUCAGAAGACCUGAACCCAGAGAAGAUGAGGGACGAAAACCAGAAUGGCAAAAGUCUGUCUAGUGUUUGUGUGCAGAGCUUCGAGGAGCGCUGGUGGAAAAAGGUCCUACUGAGUGGAGUUCUGGAAGCCGAUGGAUGUCACCACCUCACCUGAGUGACACCAAGUUGUGAUGUGCACCAAAAAGAGUGGUGGACAAAAAAAUAUAACUUGACAGAGACUUUUGUCAAACUUUUUGCCAGCCCGUUACCAAAGGAAGACAGGAGUGGAAAAGCUGCAGUUUUAUUUUUUUGUAAUUGUAUAGGCCAUUGCCAAAAUGUGUGCCUUUAUUUGAAAUGUCAUCAAUAAACAGAUUUUUCUUGUGCUUUUUU